ACCUCUGCAAUAGGCUAAAAAAAAUAUUGUGACUUAAAGAAUGUCAGUUGCAGAUCAAGAGGGAAUAGAAUGCUUGAUUCCAUGCAAUGAUCAGUGUGGAGGAAAUUAUGAAAAGUACCGCUUCGGCCAAACCGAUAAAGAGGUAGAAGUCUUUGUUCCUUUAGAUGAAAACACUGCUUCAAAGCAACUUAAAGUGAUCAUCAAUCCUCAUGAUUUGCAUAUUGCUGUAAAGGGUGUAACAAUUUUAUCUGGAAAGCUUUUCAAGCCGAUUAAAGCUACCGAAAGCACAUGGCUUAUCAGAGACAGUGAGCUAGUAGUGGUAUUAGUAAAAACCAAUUUACAUUACGAAGAGUGGUGGCCUCUGGUAGUCGAGGGGGAAGUUCAGAUCGAUAUGAAAACACUUAAACCUCCAGAAAUCCAUCUUGCAGAAUUAGAUGACGGAGCACGAGCCACAGUAGCCCGCAUGAUGUUUGAUCAACAACAGAAGCGUACUGGAAAGGCCACAAGUGAAGAACUUAUGUAUACGCAAUAAUGCAAGGCGUUACUAAUUUUACCAUUAUUAUUAUUAUUAUUAUUGUUAUGCAACU